AUGAGUGUCUGUUUGCUCAAAGAUCAACAUGCUUACAGAUGCUGGUAUCAAUGGCGAUUUAAGCUUUCUUUUAACCACAGAGCAAGACCAGUUCCACCAUCCACAGCCUUGUUAUUUCUGAGGGCUAAUGAUUUUGUGCUCGAAGAUGCUGUCAAAAAGUAUUGUUAUUAUGUUCGAAGGACAAAAUCUAUGAAACCAUCGCUUUACAAGUCUCUUCCACUAAUUGUCAAUGAUGUGGAGGAGAGUCUUAACAAUAACGAAGAAAGGUUGUACAAGCUCAAGCCUGGACAAAUAAUAUCUCCUGGAUGCAUUUCACUUCCGGGAAGCGUCGAUAGGAAUGGAUCCCCAAUUAUCAUCAUACACACUAGAUUCCUUUCCCAUAUAUCUUGGAUGGCUCCAGAGGAUAUUUUAGAGGCUGCAAUCUAUUUAGCGACUUAUUUUGUGCAACAGCAACCAGAGGCCAUCAGAAACUCUGCAUGCAUCCUUGUCGACCUUCAGGAUACCCCUUGGCAUGUUCAAAAGAAGCUUAUGAGUGUCAUGUCGACAAGUGAAGACGAGAUUCCAGAAGCAAUGGAAGAUUGUGAUGUCUUAUUCGAGUCAAUAAGAAUGGUGCUGUCCUUUUUCACCGAAUGUUUUCCAAUCAAGUGGGGUGCAAUUAUUUUAUAUAAGCCCUGGUGGUACCUAAAAUGGGGGAAUUUUGGAGCAACCAUUGUCACUUCGGAAGAAGAACUAUGGAUGCAUGUUUCGUCAAGAGACCUUCCAAUUCAGUAUGGCGGCUCUUUGAUCGCUGACAAGGCGCUUUUUUUGCGCAACCUUGUGGCUCGGGCCCAAAAGGAGGGAGAAGAUUCUUUUUUUGUAAAAUCAAAAGCAGAUGCAAGGCAGACUGCAAAAAGAGGAUAUCAGGUAGCGUUUGAUGCAGAUUUAACCAACCCAUGGUCAAUAUUGGAAAGCAUCGUUUCCCCAGGUGAAGAGGGGAGAUGCAAGCUCUCAAAAGAAUAUUCAAAUUGUACGUUGGCCCAAAUUAAAAAGUAUCUCGUGGGGAAGGAAUAA